AUGGCAAAGAAAGCAUCUACUUCCACGGAUAAGAAACCUGCUGACAAGAAAGGUGGAAAAGGUGGGUCUAAAGGCGACGAUGCUGCAGCUAGUGAAAAGUCGAAGAGCGGCUUGAAGCCUGCAACAGCAAUUAAUGUACGACACAUUCUCUGCGAGAAGCACUCGAAGGCUACGGAGGCGCUGCAAAAGAUUCAAGAAGGUCAGCGCUUCGACAAGGUUGCCCAAGAAUACUCAGAGGACAAGGCGAAAGCUGGUGGUAGUCUUGGUUGGAUGACCAGGGGCUCCAUGGUGGGACCGUUCCAGGAUGCUGCCUUCGCUUUGGAGCCAUCGAACGUCGACAGGCCGAUCAUGUCGCCCCUUGUGAAAACGAACUUUGGUUAUCACAUCAUUAUGGUCGAAGGGCGUCGGUGA